AUGAAAGCCAUCAUUGCAAUUCCGGCAACUCUUGCGCUAUGCUUGCGCGCAUAUUCCCACAACUCUCUGACCUCCUUCGGUAUCGUCAUUGCAGCUUUGACGGCCGCUGUGCACGCAUUUCAUCCUUGGAACUUGCCAUUCGUGCUCCUUUGCGUGUUCUUCCUGGCCGGCACACGUGUUACCAAAAUCAAGAAGGAUGCUAAGGCCUCCAUGACUUUGAACGCUCAAGGCACCUCCGGGGGCGAAGGCCCACGAACUCACGUGCAGGUCUUGGCGAAUUCCUUGGUUGCCUCCAUCCUCACGCUCCUGCAUGCGUACCAGAUCGACCAGCGCAAGAAAGCUAUCAUCUCUGGUGAAAUCCCUCAGGGUACUUUCUGCUACUCUUGGGGAAAGGGAGACAUCCUCGUGAUUGGUAUCAUCGCAAACUAUGCGGCUGUCUGUGCAGACACAUUCAGCUCUGAGCUGGGUAUUCUUUCGAGGACUAGUCCACGUCUUAUCACAUCUUGGAACCUGAGGAAGGUGCCUAGAGGAACGAACGGUGGUGUCACGUUGUGGGGUCUCGCAGCUGGUCUUCUAGGCAGCAUGAUUGUCGUCACAGCAUCUUUGAGCUUCCUCCCCUUCUGCAGCGGGAAAUCGAUGGGCUCAUUGGCAGGUGGUAAGGCCUGGGUGGCAAGUGAAAAGAUCACAUUUGCUUGGGGUUUAGCCCUCUGGGGUGCACUUGGCUCUGUCCUGGACAGCUUAUUGGGUGGUUGGUUCCAGCGCAGCGUACGUGAUGUCAGGUCUGGUAAGAUCGUCGAAGGCGAAGGUGGCAUUCGUGUGCUCACGUCAACGGUUGGGAACCCCAACUCCAUAGAGCAUUUCAAGAUGACAGCAGAUGUCAAGGCAGGCAUAUUAAGAGGAGAGGGCAAGGACGCCGUGGAGAAGACAGACGCAUCUACAGUCGGGGCUCAAGACGCAGGGCAAAACCCGUACGACCCCAGUGACAAGCACCGAACUUCGAACUUUGGAGACCACAAACCUACACGAAUUGCUGAGAGUGGGUGGGACCUGUUGGACAACAACGAUGUCAACUUCCUGAUGGCGUUUACCAUGAGCGUUGGAGCUAUGGUAGGCACUGCUUGGUACUGGGACGUCCCCUUCUCGAGCAUCCUCAACCCAUGA